AAUCACCUCCCCAACUCUAUAUAUACCAUCCAACCUUCCUCCCCCAAGUCUCAGGUUGCAAGCCCAGAAGCCCUCACCUAUCCAAAUCUUUCCUGAAAACACAGACACAUUAACAUACUAGACACAGAGACACCCAGCACCUCCUCUGGUCAGAAGUUGCCACUCAAGCUUGUGUAAGAGAUGGACAUGGGUGGAAUUCUUGUAUACGUUCUUCUCUUUCUUCCUACUCUUCUCUCAUAUAUCUUCUUAAGAACACACAAGCGGAAACCUCAGCAAAGAGCUAAAUUACCUCCAGGUUCAAUGGGGUGGCCUUGUAUUGGAGAGACUCUUCAACUCUACUCUCAGGACCCAAAUGUCUUCUUUGCAGCUAAGCAGAAAAGUUAUGGAGAGAUAUUCAAGACCCACAUACUUGGUUGCCCUUGUGUUAUGCUGGCAAGCCCUGAAGCUGCUCGGUUUGUAUUGGUUACUGAAGCUCACUUGUUCAAGCCCACGUACCCAAAGAGUAAGGAGCAAAUGAUCGGCCCAUCUGCUCUGUUUUUCCACCAAGGCGACUACCACACUAGAAUUAGAAAGCUGGUUCAGCGUUCACUGGCUCCUGAUUCCAUCAGAAAACUCAUCCCUAAUAUUGAAGCUGUUACUGUCUCAACAUUGGAGUCAUGGGCUGGUGGUCAUGUUGUUAACACCUAUCAUGAAAUGAAGAAGUUCUCUUUUGACAUUGGUAUUCUCGCUAUCUUCGGCAGCUUGGAUGUGUAUCACAAAGAAGAGCUUAAGAAGAACUACUGCAUAGUAGAUAAAGGCUACAACUCCUUUCCCACAAACAUACCAGGAACUCCGUACUACAACGCUGUCUUGGCAAGGAAAAGGCUCAAACAGAUUCUAAGUGAGAUUAUUUCUGAGAGGAAGGAGAUGAGAGUAGUGGAGAAGGAUAUCUUGGGUUGUCUUAUGAACUCCAAAGAUGAAAAGGGAAAUAUUUUGACAGAAAAUCAAAUUGCCGAUAACAUCAUCGGAGUGUUGUUUGCAGCUAAAGAUACAACAGCUAGUGUUCUUACUUGGAUUCUAAAAUACCUCCAUGAUGACCCCAAACUUCUAGAAGCUGUUAAGGCUGAACAAAAAGCGAUAUACGAAUCUAAUGUCGAAGGAAAACAACCCUUGACAUGGGCUCAGACUAGAAAUAUGGUACUUACUCAUAAGGUUAUAUUAGAAAGUUUGAGGAUGGCAAGCAUCAUAUCCUUUACAUUUAGAGAAGCAGUUGUGGAUGUGGAAUACAAGGGAUAUCUUAUUCCAGAAGGCUGGAAGGUGAUGCCUUUGUUCAGAAACAUUCACCAUGAUCCAGGACUCUUCCCUGAUCCUCACAACUUUGAUCCUUCAAGAUUCAAGGUGAGGGUGUGAGAGCAACAAAUGUGUUUCUGCUACUUACUCAAGUAUGAAAU